UAUGAUUGCUACUGCAUUGUUUGAAAGCAUUUACAGAGUAUAAUGGAUCUAAUAAAUGAGACGUUUGAAAACUGUACUGUUGAAGACUUGACAAAGGGAACGACAACAAAGAUUCUAAUUACAUUCACAUUGUCUUUAUUGGCAUUAAUGACAACAGCCAUUAAUUCCCUAGUCAUAGCAGCAAUAAUUGUUACACGGAAGUUACACCAUCCAGCAAACUACCUGAUUUGCUCCCUCGCUGUUACUGACUUCCUUGUUGCAGUUCUUGUAAUGCCAUUUAGUAUUGUGUACAUUCUGAAGGAAACUUGGAUUAUGGGGCAGGUGGUCUGCAAUAUCUGGCUAAGUGUAGACAUCACAUGUUGCACAUGCUCUAUAUUACACCUGUCUGCCAUUGCUCUGGACAGGUAUCGUGCCAUCACAGAUGCAGUAGAAUAUGCUAGAAAGAGGACUCCCAAGCAUGCAACAAUUAUGAUUGCUGUAGUGUGGGUGAUAUCCAUUUUCAUCUCUAUGCCGCCUUUAUUUUGGAGGUAUCGGGUGGCUACCAGGGAAGAUGAGUGCAUAAUAAAGCAUGACCACAUAGCAUUUACAAUUUAUUCCACAUUUGGAGCAUUCUAUAUUCCACUAACGUUAAUCCUCAUUCUUUAUUACAAAAUAUUCAAGGCUGCCAAAACCCUCUAUCACAGACGAACUACUAGCAGAAUUGCAAAGGAGGAAGCAAACGGGCAGUUUUCCAUGGAGUCUUUUGGCAAAAGUUCAAAGCUGCCUUCAGCUUCAUCAAUUGUAGAAAAAUCUUGCUCUGACCCCUCCACUGAUGGUGAUAAAGCACAUAUUACAGUGAGGAGUCCCCGUUUUGAGUCACGGCGUGGGAAGUCCUGGAGGAGACAAAAAAUUUCUUGCUCCAGGGAAAAGAAAGCAGCGACAACUUUAGGUCUGAUUUUGGGUGCUUUUGUUAUAUGUUGGUUACCUUUUUUCAUCAAGGAAGUAAUUGUCAACAUAUGUGAAUCAUGUUCAGUUUCAGCAGAGAUGUCAGAUUUUUUAACAUGGUUGGGGUAUCUCAAUUCUCUCAUAAAUCCACUAAUCUACACAAUUUUCAAUGAAGAUUUCAAGAAAGCUUUUCAGAAACUUAUGAGCUGCAGUCAUUAUCUUUAGUUCAUUGAUUUAAUAAAAUCACUUCCUCCCAUAAAUGUGAGUGAUGUUCUGCUGUAGCAGCUGGAAAUGUUUAACAUGACAGUAUUUUAAACUUUUUUCUGAUAUGUUUGCUAAAACAAAAUUUUUCAGAAAGAUCUAGUACUGAAUUUAUAUGAAAGAGCAACUUACCAUGUAAGAAAUAAACAGAAACUUUUUACUUUAUACAUAUGUAGUUGCUGCAUUUCUAUCAUGAUCACUAUUUGUCAUUGUUAAGUUAAAAUGAAAGACCAAGUUGAUAGACUAUAAUAAGAACUGAUACUAUUUCUUCAGGGUCAGUUGCUCAAGGUAGAGAUUCUAAAAUUAAAAUAUAUAAAUGUGUGCUAAGGAAUGGACUCACUGAAGCAUGGGCCCAAACUAGCUGAAAGAGUCAUGCUACUUUAUUGUCUGUCCCAUACAGUAAAACAGCUCUGUAAACAGGAUUUAUGUAAUUUAAACAUGUUUAGUUAUAAUUGUUUGCAUUUUAAAAGCAUGAGUUAUCACCAGGUAUGUGAUUUCUUAAUUAUUUCUGAUGAAAUAGUUUCUGUCAAAACACCAUUAUACCUAUUUUCCUUUUUACUAUCUUUAACUACUGAAUUAUGAUGCAUGCUUGUUAAAAAUCUGCUUCCUUAAGUUUUUUUUUGUGUGAUAAAACUCAAACACAUCGUCAUGAGCUGAAUGGUGUUUGCUGUUAUAAGCAAGACAGCGAGAGGACAAGCCUGUAACUAAAGCAGGCAUGAACCCUCUCUGAAAGAGAAUAAUUCAACUAUACAUAUUCUGUAACGCAAAGCAUUAUGAAAUGGACAUAACCAAAUUUUAUAAUUUAGACUGAGUAUGAAACAAAACGUCAAGUUACCAAGGAAAUACAGGUGUAGUUAGAAAAUAUCAUUAAAGUAUUUCCUCAAAUGCUAUGAGAGGCAACCUUCUUCAGAGACUUGUAUUGGGAAGUAACAAUCCAAUUAUCAAAAGUUAAAGUCUUUGCAUUGGCUAAACAAAUUAAAAGCUGAUUAUGAA